AUGGUUCCCCAACCUAUCACUACUUCUGAUGAGAAAGAGCAAAUCAGGUUAUCUUCAUUAGAAUUACGAAUCACUGAAUUUGAAAAUAGUUUCUUAAGAACUGCUAAUGCUAGUUUAGAGAAACGAGUUGUAGAAUUGGAAAAUUCUUUAAAAGAAUCCACUCAAGAAUGUGUUAAAUUACGAGAAAUGAUUGCUAUAAGAAUGGAAAAUGAUUCGUUCAAUUCAUCUAAAAAAUAUGAAUUCGAAAGUGCAUAUGGUCGAAUUGUAAAACUCGUUGAAGAAAUGAAAUCGGAAGGUGUAAAGGCAAUCAAUCUUAAAAUUUCUUCGGUAUCGAAUUUACCUAAAUUCCCUGCUAAAGUUAGUAAUAGUAGACCUGGAACUCCAAAAAAUCAAAACUCCAUCACUUCUUCACCAGCAAGAUCAAGGGCUUCAAGUGUGUCAAAUAUUUCAAUUCCUUCAAGAUCUAAUACUCCUAGUGGAAUAAAAAUACCUUCGAGUGCUGCAAAUGCUGCAAAUGCUAUCAAUGUUACAAGUGCUGUUAGCAGUUUAAAAGUUCCAAAUUUAUCACCACCAAAUUCUCAUACUUCUUCUAGACCAACUACACCUUCUUCUACCCGUUCUACAAAUAUUAUCAAUCCGAUACAGAAUAAUUCGGUUAAUUCUGUAUCAAAAAUGCCAUUACGAUCAAGAACACCAAUUUGGCCAAGUUGUACUAAUUCCUCAAGACCUAGCACUCCAAACAAUUCUAAUACUUCUUCUAAUACCCUUAACACUCAAAAUAUCCCUAAUAUUUCUAUUACUCAAUCCCCAUUGUGCAACGAUAUUGCUUCUAAUAUACUUGAUGUUGAUCCUAGCAUCCACUCUAAUAUUUCAUCUGUUCUUGCUUCUAAAUCUACUGGCAUUCCAAUGUACGCUCAGAUGACCCGUAAACAAGCAAUUGUUUAA